AUGCGCCGUCGGAGCCGGUGUAGUGGAGCUGAAAAGACUCCCUUGCACCAUGGCGCACAUUGUAAGAAUGGCUUAAUGAGCGACGGCGACGUCACUGCGGGAUUGUUGCAAUACCCACCCUUUGUCGAACACGAAUCUCACUUGCCCAAGCAGGUCGCCCUCUGUUUGGCACUCAUAUGCCAUCCAAGUGGCAUUUCAAUGCUAUUGACGACAUGCCAGGCUGUGACCUGCUGUCCACUCGCACUUGCGCGCCAACGAAUCAACUCUCAUGUCGGGAUUUCGUCAUCAAUCUUCUCAAACAUAUUAAACCCGCUGCGCGUUGCGCGUUACUUACAUUACUGUGUUCCCAGGGUUUGA